UGAUUUAUGCGAUUACCUUUAAAAAUAUCUUCCAACAUAUUUAAAAUUCAAAUAACAAGUACUUACAACAAUUUUCUUUAUUUCUAGAUUACAGUCUUCUUUAUUAAAAAAACAGAGCUAAAAAUGAAAAUUACUUGUAACUAACAUAUUGUUUCACUGAUAUUCCAAGGUUGACAUCAAAGGGAAAUUUGGGAGACCAGCUGUUCAGGAAUAAUUAUUCUCAUCAUUUUGUUCCCUUCUGAACCAUCAUUCACCUUACCAAAAUUAAAUGCUAGUGGUUAUGGAGUUAUGAUAACGUAGAGGUGUUCGUGUUGAACCAAGAUCUCCUCACUUUCCGUAUAGAUUAUACCCAUACUAUAUACCCAAAAAAAAAAAUUUUUGAGCAACAACCACUUUACAGGGCCUUAUAAAAGCCAUUGUAAAGGCACCCAAAGUAUUUAACUCAAAGGCCAUUGCUGCUUUUGCCUCCUCUCACUCAAGAAAAGCAAGGAGUGAAAACUGAAAAGAAUGAGUCCAUUUGCUACUUUCUUGCUUCUCGUAUCUUCUCUAGCUCUUCUGUCUAUCGCUAGGGGUCAAGACAGAGCUCCCCAUGGCAUUGCCUACAAGAAUCCUAUGGCCAUCUCGCCAUCAGCCUAUGAAUUCUUCCAUUCGAAAACUGAAGAGCCAGACACCAAAAGCCACUGUGCAGCUUCCAAUUGCUCACCAUUGCCUGUUGCAGCUCAAGCGGAUGCUACUAAAGCACUUGAAACCCAGGUAUCAACACAACAGAAUUCUGGGUAUCGACUGGGAGCUGGUGGAAUUGCUGUCAUUGUUCUUGGUUUGGCAUUUGCAGUACUUUUGUCUCUGUCUGAGAUUAUGUUAUCAAUCGCAAUCAUUCAAGGCAAUGGCAGACACAAAACUGUAGGUGCUGAAAGUCAAGAAAGAUCAUUGAGAUAUGCCCAUAAUCAUUGGAUGCUUUAG